AGUUUGUUUGUCAAAGCCUGAAUUGCGAAACACAUUGAUUACUUAGUUUCUCGGGUAUGUGGAUAACCUUGGACAGGGAGACAAUAGAAAUGUGUCUUUAGUUGGGGGUGUCUUAAGCACCCAUUUCAGGUUGGGAGCAGAAGGCUUCAGACUUAAAAUAUCCACGGAAGCACAGAGAAGGAAGUGCCUCCCUGUCAGCAAGGGAUUGGAAGAGGCUUCUUGCAGCACAAGAGCUUCCAGCGCUGACGCCAUGGAAGGGCUGCUGAGAAGAUGCAGAGGACUGCAUACCCUGGCCACCUGCAGCCCCCAGCUCCGGGGCUACACUCCCCACAGGCUUCACCACUGUACCCCAGGCAGAGGGAGGCGCUUGACGCUGUCCACUAUGUUCCAGCCACAGAACCUUCGGGAAGACCAGGUGCUCCCACUGGACGGCAGGUCUGCAGACCUCACCUGUAAGAGCCAGCGGCUGAUGCUGCAGGUGGGCCUGAUCUACCCUGCGAGCCCCGGGUGCUACCACCUCCUGCCUUAUGCCGUCCGUGCCCUGGAGAAGCUGGUGCGCACCAUAGACCAGGAGAUGCAGGCUAUCGGGGGGCAGAAGGUCAGCAUGCCCAGCCUCAGCCCGGCAGAACUCUGGCGGGCCACCAACCGCUGGGACUCGAUGGACAGAGAGCUGUUCAAGCUUAGGGACAGACAUGACAAGGAAUACUGCUUAGGACCCACCCACGAGGAAGUCGUCACAGCCCUGGUGGCCUCCCAGAAGACCCUGUCCUACAAGCAGCUGCCCUUCCUGCUAUACCAGGUGACAAGGAAGUUUCGGGACGAGCCCAGGCCCCGCUUUGGCCUUCUGCGCGGCCGCGAGUUCUACAUGAAGGACAUGUAUACUUUCGAUGCCACCCCAGAGGCGGCCCAGGAGACCUACGGCCUGGUGUGUGCGGCCUACAGCAGGCUGUUUGAGCGGCUGGGGCUGCGGUGCGUGCAGGUCCAGGCAGAUGUGGGCAGCAUCGGGGGCUCACUGUCCCACGAGUUCCAGCUGCCUGUGGAUGUGGGAGAGGACCGCUUUGCAGUCUGUGCCAGCUGCGGCUUCUCAGCCAAUGUGGAGACGUUGGACGUGUCCCAGACCAGCUGCCCUACCUGCCAGGGCUCACUGACUGAGACCAGGGGCGUUGAGGUGGGGCACACGUUUUACCUGGGCACCAAGUACUCUUCCGUUUUUGACGCUAAGUUUACCAACACUCACGGCAGCGUGUCCCUUGUCGAGAUGGGGUGCUACGGCUUGGGGGUCACGCGGAUCUUGGCCGCUGCCAUUGAGAGCUUCUCUACGGAAGACUGCAUUCGCUGGCCUGGCCUCCUGGCCCCCUACCAGGUCUGCCUCAUCCCUCCUAAGAAGGGUAGCAUAGAGGAGGCGGCUGCCGAGCUCACGGAACACCUGUAUGACCACAUCACCGAGGCGGUGCCCCGGCUGCGCGGGGAGGUCCUGCUAGAUGACAGGACCCACCUGACCAUCGGGAAGAGGCGGAAAGAUGCCGACAAGUUUGGCUACCCCUUUGUGAUCAUCGCGGGCAAGAGGGCCUUGGAGGACCCUGCCCACUUUGAGGUUUGGUGCCAGAACACUGGGGAGGUGGUCUUCCUCAGCAGAGAAGGAGUUUUGGAAUUGCUGAGCCAAGUGCAGGUUGUAUGAAGGCCCCUGGCCCGGCCCAGCGUUUUCUCACAGCCUUCAGCUAGUUCAGACACUUAACCUUGUCCUGCACACCUUUCUGAAAUGGGACAGCUCCUAGGAAGUCAGCCCAAGUUAAGGAAACCAGGUUUUAUCUCAUCGGGUGUUCAAACACUAGCUGGCCCUUAAAAAUGGGUACCUAGGGGUACUCACCCCCCUAUACAGUUCAAAAUCAGCAUCUAGUUCUCGACUGCACACAAAACUAGCUACAUGUGUCCCUUGGAAUACACAAGGGAUUGGUUUCAGGCCCAACAACUCCAGCUGGUUAAAGCCAUGAAUGUGAAGUCUGGGAUAUGGAGAGUCAAGUCUUUGUCUAUUGAAAGAAAAAAGUUACAAAUAAGUGGACCCAGGCAGUUCAAACCCCUGUUGUUCAGUGGUCAACUGCAUUUGUAUUUAGUCAUUAAAUUGCUGCAUUCCUCUGGACUAGCCUCCCUGCCUUACACCUGUUUAUUCCAUUCUGUACCAGGAUCCACUGCUCCUACAGGCCACUUAAUUUUACCGGAUAGGAUAGGACAGAGAGAAAUGGAGAGGGGAGGGGAAGACAGAGAGGGGAGAGAAAGAGAGACACCUGCAGACCUGCUUCACCACUUGUGAAGCGACCCCCCCUGCAGGUGGGGAGCCGGGAUCCUUGCACAGAUCCUUGUGCUUUGUACUGUGUGCAUUUAACCUGGCGUAACACCACCCAGUUCCCUGUGGGAGCUUCUGUAGGAGACAGAGACACAAGUUCUCUGGGUUCUCAGGAAGAUCACUCCGCCCCCCCCCCCCUGACUAUUUCUUUGUGAGGAUGGGGGUGGCUGAUGGUCAUGGUCCUCUGGUUUCCACCAUCUCCCUUGGGCCUCUUGCUGCAUCUGGUCUAGAGAGCAGAUCAAGCCUACACCAGCCUUCCUCCCAUUGGUCACAUCCCCUCCCGUUGGGGCCUCAGUUUCCCUGUGUGACAAGAGAAAGUGGAGCUAUAUGUGUGAGUCCUCACAGCUGCCAUUAGCUGUGUCUAUGAGAGGUUCAUGACAGGCAUAUCUGACUCCACUGCUCUUCCAUAGUUUAAGCCACUGCAGGAAAGUGGUAAAAUUAGUUGACCACAAAUCGCCUUCAGAGAGCUGGCCCUGUUGAGGGGCUUAGCACUGAGAUCAUGCUAUAUUGAUUGAAUAAAAUCAAAGUACUGGAAUGAA